AGUGACUGCCGUUUCGAAAACCAACCGCUAAUUGCUUAGUUCUAAUCGACUUAAGAACUCACCGGUUAUGGGGUGACCGCAUCCGUAUUAAAGUAAUGGAAAGACAGAGGCAAAGAUGUGUUUACGUUACAGCGCGCCAAAAGAAGAAGCUUCUUGAGCUAAUACGGAAGAAUCCAGAGUUAUUAUCCACCAAUAUUCGGCAAGGGAUUUCAUACAAGGAAUGUCAGAAAACAUGGCAGAACAUAGCAACUGAAUGUAAUUCCAUAGCUGGCGCCAAGAAGACCUGGAGACAGUGGAGAAAAACUUGGCAAGAUCUUCGGUCAAAGACAAAAAAGCGGAAUUUGGACGCUUACAAACAGUUACCUGCAACAACCAACAAUUACUUGACACCUGAACAGGAAGCCCUAGGAAUAAAAAAUUCUCCUACAAAGAGUGAGAGCCCGCUGCGAGAGGAGACCCCGGAAUUUAUCCCAUUAGAUCAAGACAUAUUACCGGACCAUAGCUUUAAUAACGAUAUGGAAUACACAGGAUCAAUUAGUGAGCCCGAAUCUCCUCCGGAAACAAAAGUUUUCACCUCAGAACGGAGAAAAGUUAAAGUCAAGAACAAUAAAUACAAAAGUUCAAAGCAUUCUAAUUGCUACUUCAACUGUGAUGCCUUAACCAACAUGGAGGAGCGGAAGCUGCAGGUGAAAGAGGACUAUCUUAAAUUCAAAAAGGAUUAUUUGAAGCAAAAAUUAAAAUUAAUCAAGGAGCAGACGGAGGCCUUGAAGAGCAUAGCCAGAGAACUUUCUAAGUGAUCAUUAGUGAUAAUUUAUUGUAAA